UCUUUUUCUCAAAAACAAACCAUCAUAUGAAAAAUUUAUAACUUCCAUUUUCCACUAUAUAGAAAAUUUAGCAAUGAAUUGUACUGCAUUUGAAGUGUGUGAUUGUUAGAAUAUUCUAGAAUAGUUACUUUUCCUUCUAUCAUCUCAAUCUUCAUUCAUGCUACACUUCCACUUCCAUCUUCAAUCUUCAAUGGAACAAAAUGUCGUAACCUAAUUUCACCACACGAAUUUCGUGCGUAUUUCUCAUAUCACUCUUCCAUUCUUUCUUCACGAAAUUCGUAUUAAUGUUAACAUCCUAUAACCUUCUUCGUUCUCACUUUCGUCGUUCUCAUCGUCACUGGUUUUGUACCAUUGUCGCUCUCAAACCAGAGCCUCAACCACCACCACCAACCACCGCUGUAACCGCCACUAACACUUCCUCCAAUUCAUUUCCUUCUAGACGCUUCCUUUUGCUUGGAUUCGAUUCUCGCCGACACUUCCAUCACAGUCAUCACUAUUCUUUCCAUCGAAGUUUCUUUACAAGAGCUAAACCAGCUCAGAGAAUUGAAUUCAACGAUCGCCACAGUCAGAGAGCUGUUAAAACUGCAUUGUGGUGUAACUUUCUUGUUUUUUCACUCAAGUUUGGAGUAUGGUUAGCUUCCUCUAGCCAUGUUAUGUUAGCUGAAGUUGUGCAUUCAGUUGCCGAUUUUGCAAACCAGGCACUACUUGCUUAUGGUCUGUCUAGCUCUAGGCGUGCACCAGAUGCUAUUCAUCCUUAUGGUUAUUCCAAGGAAAGAUUUGUUUGGUCAUUGAUAUCUGCUGUUGGGAUAUUCUGUCUUGGUUCUGGUGCUACAGUCGUUAAUGGAGUUCAAAACUUGUGGGUUGCACAGCCCCCUGAAAAUAUGCAAUUAGCAGCUAUGGUGUUGUGUGGUUCAUUCAUCAUUGAAGGGGCCUCUCUUAUUGUUGCCAUUCAAGCUGUCAAGGAAGGUGCAAAUGCUGAGGGAAUGAAAUUAAGAGACUAUAUUUGGCGGGGACAUGAUCCUACAUCUGUUGCAGUAAUGACAGAGGAUGGUGCUGCAGUAACUGGCCUUGCUAUUGCUGGGGCAUCAUUGGUGGCAGUGCAUUAUACCGGAAAUGCCAUUUAUGAUCCCAUAGGCUCAAUCUUGGUUGGCAACUUACUUGGAAUGGUAGCCAUAUUUCUUAUCCAGAGAAACCGACAUGCUUUGAUUGGUAGAGCUAUGGACAACCAAGAUAUGGAAAAAGUACUCCAGUUUUUGAAAAAUGACCCGGUUGUAGAUGCUCUCUAUGAUUGCAAAAGCGAAGUUAUUGGGCCCGGAUUCUUCAGAUUUAAGGCAGAAAUAGAUUUUAACGGAGAGAUGGUGGUGCAAAACUAUCUUCAAAGGACUGGACGUGAGGAAUGGGCAAAACAGUUCCGUGAAGCUGGAAAGCUGAGGGACGAUACUGCCUUGACGAAGAUUAUGUCAAGUUAUGGUGAGGAAGUAGUUACAGCAUUAGGAAGUGAAGUUGAUAGGUUAGAGAAGGAGAUCCAGAAUCUUGUUCCUGGUAUCCGGCAUGUCGAUAUUGAGGCCCACAAUCCAACAGAGUCAUCCUUAUCAAGUUAAAAUUUUCAAAAAUUAAAGAUCUCACUUUCCUUCAUUUAUCUUGUCAGAGCAUGUAUGAAUGUAUAUUUGGCUUCAUUCCUUAUUAUCACGAGUUCUUUUCGGUAUUCUUUCUUAAAGAAUAUGAAGUUUCAAGUAACAUGGCUCAAGUUGAGUCGACAGCUCUUGAUAGAUUAGUGCAAAACAUGUAUUCAUUUUUUCCUCCUAACCCAAAUAUGUACUUGGGGUUUGUGAAACAAUUUCUGUACAACCUCGAGCUUUAAAGAGUAAAAGUCAUGGAUGAGAGUUAAUUUUGUUAA